AUGAUAGACACUUUCUUCAAAGUAAGUGCGAAUAUCCUCAAUAGCGAGAGCAAGGAGCUUUUGCAGCGGCUGCAACGGGAGACACUGCCAGCGCUUGCCAUCAGCCCAUAUGACCUGGCUCGAAUAGCUGUUGGAUGUUUCUUGUUUCUGAUGGUCUCUUCCAUUCUGACUUCAGCUUGCAUAAGCAACAACGGUGCCUCCCUGAACACCUUUCUGGAGGCAGGGAUUGUUGGGCCGCUGCGAUUUGUUCUGGAUGAUUCAGAUGAGGAAGCAGAGCGGCUGGCUUGGUCUGUGGCCUUGCUCAUUGUGCUCCGUGGCUUGCUGUGCACCUUUGUAGUUUGGGGCACGUGGUAUAGCAUCAAUGAAGACAGCUAUUCGUUUUUUUAUGCCAUGAUGCUGAAUGACGAUGCAAAGAACAGCCCAUUUCCUCGUUGGUGGUGUAUCCUGGUUUUCCUUCACUCCUGCUCUGGCCUCGUAGCAACCAGCCAGUUCCGUGCUGCAGCGGAGAUGCGGGCCCUCAGCUCUGACAAGAAGGCUGCCAUGGCUGAACCCUUGAAGCGGAGCUACGGAGCCACUGACGCAGCCAAGAUCAGCAAAACCAAUCUCGAUCGCCCGCCAGGGUAG